AUGUCCUCCCUCAAAUCACAAUUAUCCGAGAUCAAACAAGGGCAGAUCCAGAACCUCUCGCAACAACUCGCGACGUUGGCGCAACAGACGGCCAAGUUGGAACACUUGACGGUUGCGACGGCCGAGCAGGCGAGUUAUUUGAGGUUGUUGGGCGCUUACCAUGCGGCUUGGUCAGUCUUGGAAGGGUGGGAAGGGGCUGCCAUUUCGUCGUGAAGGGUCGGGUCGGAGUUGGUUGAUUCUGAUCACGGGCGGCUCUCUCUGAACGGUGGUGUGUAGGUUCAUGAGUGCUGCCAGAAUCAUGACGUCCGAGGACGAUGCAUCGCAAGCACCACCAACACAAACACCGUCGGCCGAAGCAUGA